AUAAAGUCUUGUCCAUUUGCUUUUAGGUCUUUAUACCAGAAUCUGACGCGUCUUGGGACCAACAGUUAUAUUGCUUAAGUUAAUACAUACGCACAGCAGUAUCCUUUUUAUUUCAUGUAACGGUUCGAUAUUGUAGUCCCAUGAUCAGUCGAAAUAGGCUAUACAUUGAUUCAGCCUGUCAGCUGCAGGGACACGCCUGCUCUUGUGCAGGGACGUAAUACAGUACAUGUAUGUCCAUGUCUUUUGUUAGGGGUAUUUCUGGCUAUUUUUUGUUUAUCUUAUAAGACAAGAUAUGGUCCUGUUUAUGAUCUGUUCAAUGUUUACAUAAAAUCAUAUGAGCAAAAUCAACAUAAAUUCAUUAGGUAAAAAUAGAGUAUAAUAAUUCAGGUAUGGCAGACAAGUUUGACUAUCUGAGAGGAGCAGCUUUUUUGGUUGCCUUUCUCCUCCUCGGAGUCUGGAGCCUGCCCUCCUGGUUGAUAGCUGACACGGUGUUCACGGCUUUCUCUGGAAUUGGACUUUAUGUUAGACCUGAACUCACCAUUCAACUUCAGACCCAAGACCUGAAGCUUGACAUUCUCCACUGUCAUCUGAAUCGAGUGUUUGGGUCUUUUCUGAUUGGUUCAGCUGUAAUAUGGUGUAUCUGUAGAUCAUCCAAGGACAGUACAGUCACAGCGGCUCUGUUGUGGUCAAGAUUUAUGGGAUUGAUAUGCCUUCUUUCCAUAGUUGUUACUGGCCAUUUUGCAAAUAGAAAACUUUUUACUGACAAGCAUCUAUGGUUUGGUGUGCUAGGAAAUUCCUUGUGGUGGCUUGCAAAUGCUGUACAGUUAUUGAAGUCUCGACCCAAAAUCAGUGAAGGGCCUAAUAAACAGUCAAGGGGGAUAACUCUAAUAUGCAACCUCAACUUGUUGAUGUUGACCCUUGUAUCCUUGGCAUUCAUGGCCUUCCCACUCAUGACAACAGGUAUAAAGGGAAGAAAGCUGGACAAGUACCACCUACACACAGCCAGAAGUAUUGGAGCUCUUGCCAUGUGUUUCAGCAUCCUCACAUGGUUUGUGCCAAAGUUCAUCAACAAACGAGAUGUCAGGGCAGUGUUUAGUGGACAGGUCUUGACUGUCGUUUUGGUGUACACAGCUAAAGCCUAUAUGCAAUAUACCACUAAGAUCAUGGGUCGUGGGGAGGUCCUUGGCUGGACAUUGAUGUACCUUCCUCUUCUCCUACUACCAAUGAACGGGAUGAUCCUGACUUACUUAAACGACACAAAAACUGCUCCAGAUACAAGUGCUGAGAUCUCGGAGUCGGAUAAGGAAGUAGACGAGGAAACGGUAAAAGAGGAGGCCAAGAAAGGGAGAUAACUGGUCAGACUACACAAGGCAGAUGUUGGCCAUUACAAAGUGUAAUAUGGUCAUUGGUUAUACAUAUUUAUUGUCCAGGCUAAAAUCAAACUAUUCCCUUAGGUUUUUAUAUAAAAAUAUUUCCCCCCAUAAUAAUGAGAUACUCCUAUGGUAAUAUAUAUAACAAUAGUAAGUCAUAAUAAAAAUAGUCAUGAAGGUUAAUCAACUUAUAACAGUGUCAGUUUAAAGUGUCCAUCUGUUUCCACAUUGCAUUUUAUCUCAUUACAUAAGGUAUCUCUUAAGCACAUGUGCUUUAUACCAGACAUAUUCAGUUUAUUUUGAAAGAAAUAUAUCAUUGUAGUACAUGAUGUAUUCAGUGUGUGGACAAACAAAAAUAUUUCUUAUAAUCUGCAUUUGCAUUAGUAUAUAAGGAAAAUAUUUAUUUAAUUGAAAAAUAUGGGACUAUGUAAAAAUAAUGACCAAUACUGAAAGUCUACUGUAAAAGUGGAAAUGUUCGCGGCAUGGAAAUUUUCGCUUAUUUUGCGAACAUUAAAUAUCCGCGAAAAUAUCCACAUGCGAAUAUAAUAACACGUGAAAAUAUUGGCACGCGAAUAUUUCCACCAAAUAAACUAAAUACACUAUUAUCCAAGACGCAAGUUCCUGGUAGUAAACCUACUUUAUAUACAUGGCUAAUGACAUCGCAACGCGAAAAUACCUUUUCAACAUGACUGACAGCGCAAAAAUAUCCACACCGCGAACAGUUUGGAGGCUGACUAAGCAAAAAUUUCAACGCGUGAAAAUAUCCACUUUUACAGUAUGUGUAUGAUAGUGAAUUGUGCUGGAGUGUCUAGAAUAGGUCCAGGGUUUGAUACUAAGCAGUUGUUUGAGUGAGUGUGUAUUUGUAAUACUAGAUCUCGGUGUGUGUGUAAACACCUCACCAAUAGUUGUUGUCAUUUCUAACAUCGUCUUCUGUUUUAAUGUAUAAGUCCCCUUAUUGUCAAUUUUUUUGUCCCAGACAGGGUAUAUUCAUUACCCUAUAAUUGCCAAAUAUGAAAAUACCUUUUGUGAUGUUCGAGUAUUACUCAGUCUGUAUAUCACAUCUCAUUUUACAGAGUUAUGUCCCUUUAUUUUUCGUAUCUCACUUCGUCUCUGGUAUACCUCUACAAUGUGCUGCUACUGCCUAACUUAUGUACUUGUAUGUAUUUUAAGGUCUGAUGAAAUGGAUUUUGUGCAUGUAUACAUAUUUAUAUAUAUAGAACAAAGAAGUAGUUCAACAGUGUUGACAAUGAAAGAUGUCAAAUUUUCGAGGCACUACACCCUUUCAUCAAGACACAAAGUAUACAAACACAAUCACAUGAUAUAAACAGUACUAGAAAUACAGUAAGAUACAGUAAGAGUAAUCUAUAUUGUAGUUGAAAAAAACCCAACCAUGAACCCUUUGGCUAUCGUGAGCCAAAGACAGAUGCUAGAAUAUGCACAGAACCAUGUUCUAUGAUGGAACGCUUUAUGGUUGUUUAUUAUUCAGCUACUUUCAUUGUCUACACUUGGAUCAAGAUGUAUGGCUGUUGGGUGAUCUUAACCAUUAUCAAGCUUCCAGGAUCAAAUUUGUUAAAACACUCAAUCAACUUCUUCUGAUUAAAGGUCUUGAAUCAAGAUGUAAGGUACAGGUAGGUUCCUGUGAUGAGGCAUGAGAAAAUUCCUUUCCUUGUUACAUGCGCGACAAAAUUUUGAAACAAAAUCACCUUGACCUACAUAUUUAUAUUAAAGUUAAUUUAUCAAAACAGAGAAACAAAUUCUUUUGAUUAACUGAAAAGUAUAGAGACACCAAAGAAGUGAAUACCAGGUGAAUGAUAGGCCCAUUGGGCCACUUGUUUUACUAGCUCACCCGAAGGGCCGGUUAGCUUAUGUCAUGGUACGGCGACUGUCGUACAUCAGUCAUCCGUCAACAUUCCCUUUAAAUACACUAGUCAAAAAGUCCUGAAUAGAUUUGAACCAAAUUUGGUCAGAAAGAUCCCAUAAUCAUAUAGGACAUUGUUGGACAUCAAGAGAUAAAUUCAAUCCUAAUGUAAAAAAAGGCCCAGGGUUCUUUCUCCACCCUACGGGACUCGGUUCCUUUAAACACAAUCAUGUUGUAAAAACAAUUCCCUGGGUUCUUUUCACACGCCUUGGGAGUCUGGACUUGGUUUCUGGGUUAUAUCAUUGAAGCAGUUGAGAUCCCCACGUCAUAACCAUAUAUGGCAUUGUUUGACAUCAACGAAUGAAGCUAUAAAUGAAUUGAACAUGAACAUUAUUUUUAUUUUUGGUCAAAUCAAACCAGGUAAGCAAUACAGGCCCUCUGGGCCUCUUGUAUAAAGUUUUACGUUAUGUUUUACUAGAAUGAUCUCAAUCAUCCAACUUAUUUCUGGGAUUUGAUUUGCAUUGUUAGCCCACCAUCAUCAGAUGGUGGGCUAUUCAAAUCGCCCUGCGUCCGUGGUCCAUCCGUCCGUCCCUCCGUCUGUCCGUAAACAAUUCUUGUUAUCGCUAUUU